GCUUUAGCAAUGGAUAUAUUUAAUACAUUAAAUUUUAAUGCUGCAUUAGUUUCUCCUACUAUAGCUACUACAGAUGCUAAUACAAAUACUACUUCUACUACUUCUACUACUAUGGCUACUACUACUACUGCUGCUGCUGCUGCUCCUAAUAAUCAAUCAUUUGAUGAAUAUCAUCCUUUAUCAAAUUGUAAUUCAAAUGCCUUUCCUACACCAACUUCUAUAUUCUCGUCUGCAAAUACUGAAUUUAAUUUUAAUCAAGAUCUUGUAAAUUUUGAUAUAGCAUCAUCAAAUAAUCAACAAGCAUCUCAAAAUACCCCACUAUUAGAUCCUAUGUUUAACUUUACUAAAGAAGAAGAUCCUGCUAUUACCAAUACUACGACAACUACUAUUACUGCUGCUGCUGCUGCUGGUACUUUGGACUUGCCGAAAAAUAAUAAUAAUAAUGCAAAUUUUACCAGACGACAUUCAGUUGCUAUUAGUGGUGGUUUCAAUGAUUUUGAUCUCCGUCAAUUCUCUUCUUCAUUAUUUGAAAAUGAUUAUACUAAAACUUCACCCUAUUUAUCCCUGGAACAAGAAUUAUUAUUAACAUCUGAACAACGACAAUUCAAGUUCCCUGCUCAAUCCUAUGCUACAACGAAUCAUCCUAAAUCAGCCCUAACUGCUGUAAUAGAAAACGAAGCGCAUAUACCAUCAACACACCAUACUAUGUUACAUAGAGCAUCUAUGCCUAAUAUCUUUUUAACAGAGACAUCAUGUAAUCAAUUAUCCAAUAUGCAAAAAAAAAUAAGUUCGGCUACAACAACACCCAACAGUACCCCUCCUCCUCCUCCUGCUCCUGCUCCUGCUCCAAUCUCAAUCACUUUCAAUCAAAUGCCUUGGUCUGAUACAUCACAAAUAUCCCCCAUUCAAAAAGAUGAUCCUAAUCAAGAAGAUAAUAAUUAUUUAUCAACAAAUUCAUUUUUAUCAACUAUCCAUGAUUAUCCCUUGGCCACCGGUCGAAAACGAUUCUAUUCUCAACAAUUGGAUAGUUUCCCUGAUCAUACUCUGUCAACUCAACAACAGACAUCAUGGAAUCACGAAGGAUUAACAAAGAUGAUGACUUAUCCUAAUCUAUGUCCAUUACCUAUGUCUGGUAUCUUGAGUCGACGUUCAAGUGUUGCAACUCCCUUAGAUAUCUCUACAUGGAAUCGUAAAGUAAACUCGAAUCAUCGUAUUCAAUUACUAAAUCAACCUAAACAAGUCUUGUUAAAUUAUCCUAAGCGAAAGCGUGUAAAAGAAGAUAAUGAUGAUGAUGAUGAUGAUGAUGAAAAUGAAAAUGAAGGAAGAGAAAAAGAAAAAGAAAUGAACCCUGUUUUAGAAAGCAAUUCUAGUUCUAGUUCAUUAUCACCGAUAGAUGAUUCUAUUACUACUACUACUGCUACUGCUGAAGAUUAUCCUAUCAUUACAGAAGCUGAUCUUAAAGCAGCUAAAAAGGAUCCAAAUGCGAUCCCUCGUCGUCAAAAGUUACGCUUUGAAGAUGAUCAAUAUACUCCAAAAUGGGUUCGAUACACGGGUCAAAUGAAAGAAGGAUAUUGUGAUACAUGUAAACCUGGUAAAUGGUUGCAAUUAAAGAACAGUGCGUUUUGGUAUCAUAAACAAUUCUAUCAUGGUAUCUCUUCUGUUUCUGGGAAACCAUUUGAGAAUCCCUUAGAACAACGUGCAGGAGAGCAUGAUGUGGUUGAAGGCUUAUGUCAUCAAUGUAAACAAUUUGUCCCUAUCUGCAACUCUAAGCGUAAAAAUAGUGUUCUUUGGUAUCGACAUGCACAUAAGUGUCAUAUUUAUGAUAAGCCAAAGUCAAAAGGAAACAAAAGAGCUUCAAUUGCUAUUUCAUCAAAAAAAUACCAACUUCAUGAUCAAUUACAAAAGAUUUAUUAAAAAUAAAAGAAAAAAAAAAGAAAAAGAAAAGAAAGAGAGAAAAAGGGUGAAGAAGACACAUAUCAUAUGGAACAAACACAACAGCCU